CUUCCUCUCCAGAGAAUUUCGCCCCUCGCUCUCUUUUGUUUGUGCAUUCUCUCUCUAGGUCUCUGAUCGGUCUCUGCGAACGAUAAUUUUCUUUAUCACUGAAUCAUAACUCGGGGGCUUGAAGCCCUAAUUUGCUUGCUCGAAUCAAGCAACCUCCAAAUGUUUUCAUGCUUCUAAUCUAGGGUUUUGAAACCCGGAUAUCAUUUGAUCGAACUUUUAGCGGGUGACGGGAGGAAUUAUUGGCUUCUGUUAAGGGAUUAUCGAUGUCGUCUUCAAGCUCUUGGUCUCAAGCUCUGGUGAAGGUUUCACCAUACACAUUUGCGGCCAUCGGGAUUGCCAUUUCCAUUGGGGUCUCUGUACUUGGAGCUGCCUGGGGAAUAUAUAUUACAGGUAGUAGUUUGAUUGGUGCUGCAAUCAAGGCUCCUCGAAUCACCUCGAAGAAUCUUAUCAGUGUGAUCUUCUGUGAAGCUGUUGCCAUAUAUGGAGUUAUUGUGGCUAUCAUUUUGCAAACAAAGCUAGAGAGUGUGCCUGCAUCAAUGAUUUAUGCAGCUGAGUCACUAAGAGCUGGAUAUGCCAUCUUUGCUUCUGGAAUCAUUGUGGGUUUUGCGAAUCUUGUCUGUGGGGUAUGUGUCGGAAUAAUUGGCAGCAGUUGUGCACUAUCUGAUGCUCAAAAUUCCUCUCUAUUUGUGAAGAUUUUGGUGAUUGAAAUCUUUGGAAGUGCUCUUGGCUUAUUUGGUGUGAUUGUGGGUAUAAUCAUGUCUGCUCAAGCUUCAUGGCCAGCAAAGGCAUAGAGACCAUCAAAUUUCAACAUCGUUUUUUGAUGAUUAUAUUCAUUGUACAAGAAGACUUAUUUUGCAUCUUGAACUCACUCUUGCACUGGUUCUGUUAUCCCGUCACCGUGUAUUGGAUUUAUGCAUAAGCUUUUGCAUGUAAUUUGAAGCGUUGUAGUCUUUCAUAAUAACAUCUGAAUGUUAUUGUACCAGGGAACAAACUUAUUCUGCUGUUCUAUAUUUCCUUGUGUGUUC